AACUUAGCCCUGCCUGCCUCUCAGCCUCAGCCAACCCGGGCUGUGCCGAGCUGCUCCCUGCGGGAUCAGAGCGCUCCCCCGCCGGGACCCUUCUCUCACAUCCCCCUGCUGGGACGCGGCUACAUUUCCAGCCAAGCACUGCCUGCCUUGGCUUUAUUAUGUGUGUCUGCGCCGCAGCCCCGCCAGCAGAGGCAGGCGGAGGAGGAGGAGGAGGGAGACUGGUAGCCAGAGUCAGGACAAAGAAAAAGCAGGGAGACAGAGGCUAGCGAAUAUCUGGCUCUUAUUAACACCACGGGGCACAGGGCUUUUGGGAAAUAAUAACACGUUCCUAGUCAAAUUCCUCACGCGAGGGGGGGGGGGGGGUGGAGGGAGAUGCGUCAUGUCAGUGCCACCCGAGCACUACUAGCAAAGGGACGGAGCCCGAGCGACGCUUUCACGGUGGGCAGAGACGAACUCAACUAAAAACUGACAGUGGUCGUUACUUUGCAAAGGGGGCAGAUUCCGUUCACCGACACACGCCAAUACAAUCCACGCUCGUCGCCGCUCAUCACCUGGACCAUCGCGUUUCGCGAUAACGGACAUUGCCGUUAUCACUUUGACGGUAUUUCCGAGUGUCGCGUUUAAGCAGAAGUUGUUUAUUCUACAGGUUGCUUCCUCUUCCUACACCCCGCGCUUGGCGUUAACGGCUCCACGCGUUGCGGGACCCACGCGGUGUGAUUUUUUUUUCCUCCUCUCCGACUCCGACUCGAGCGAGCGGAGGUGCCGCAUUGCAACAGGCGAAGAAGCCGAGACCGAGUGAAGGAAGAGGAGGGCGGUUGAACCUCGGCUGUGCCCGCCUGCUUGGUGAGGUGAAAACACGGAACGGAGCGAAAAAAAAACACCAGCAGCAGUUGAAUUAAACCCGCAGCAGAGAUGUCCAGACGAAAACAGGCCAAACCGCGCUCAGUUAAAGCGGUGGAAGAAGGAGAAUCUUCGGAGUGUGGAGGUGCCUCGGAUGAAUCCGCUGUCCAGACAGAAGUCCCAGCAUCAGUGAAAGUGCUCGAGCCGAAGGACGGCCAAGGGGCGGCUCGCGAGGAUGCUGAACAAGAUGAGCCUGGCGAUCACGACGAUGAGCUCGAUGACGACUCCAUAUUCACUUGUGACAACUGUCAACAAGACUUUGAAUGUUUGGCUGAGCUCACAGAACAUCGAACCAACCACUGUCCAGCUGAUGGUGACGACGACCCAGCCGGGCUGUCCUGGGUGCCCUCCUCGCCCUCCAGCAAAGAUGUGGCGUCACCUUCGCAGAUGCCCGAUGGCUGUUGCGACCUCGGCAUGGCCACCGGCGGCGAGGAGGAAGGAGGUGCAGGUCUGCCAUACCCAUGUCAGUUCUGCGACAAGUCCUUCAGCCGGCUGAGCUACCUGAAGCGCCACGAGCAGAUCCACAGUGACAAGCUGCCUUUCAAGUGCACCUUUUGCAGCCGUCUCUUUAAACACAAGAGGAGCAGAGAUCGCCAUGUCAAACUCCACACAGGAGAUAAGAAGUAUAGUUGCCAAGAGUGUGAAGCUGCGUUUUCCCGCUCUGACCAUCUAAAGAUCCAUCUGAAGACACACAGCUCCAGCAAACCAUUUAAGUGCAGCGUGUGCAAACGAGGCUUCUCCUCCACUUCCUCAUUGCAGAGCCACAUGCAGGCGCACCGCAAGAACAGAGAGCACCUCUCGUUGAGGAGUGAGAAGGACGCAGGCAAAAAGGGAACUGGAGGAGAGAUUGACCUGGAGCAGGACCUGUACAUGUGUGAUUACUGCGAGGAGACGUUCAGCCAAACGGAUGAGCUGGAGAAACACGUCCUGACCAGGCACCCCCAGCUGUCCGACCGAGCCGACUUGCAGUGCAUCCACUGCCCGGAGAUCUUCCUCGACGAGGCCUCACUCCUCACUCAUAUUGACGCGCAGCAUGCCAACCGCAAACACAAAUGUCCUGUUUGUUUAGAACAGUUCCCCUCUGUCGAGGAUGUCUACUGCCACCUAGACAGCCACCGCCAGCCGGACUCUUCCAAUCACAGUGCUGCCAGUCCUGACCCUGCGCUGGGGAGCGUUGCUUCAAUGAGUUCCGCGACUCCAGAUUCCAGUGCCAGCCUGGAGAGAGGAUCCACCCCUGACUCCACCCUGAAGCCCAGCCAGGGCAGUGAACGAGGCCGCAGAAAAGGCAACGACAGCGGGGAAGAGAUGGGAAUAAGCUUGGUGCAUCCAGGCGUAGGUGGAGGAGGAAACUGGGCUAAAGUGACAUACACUUGCCCUUAUUGCUCAAAGAGAGACUUCAAUAGCCUGGCAGUGUUGGAGAUCCAUUUAAAAACCAUCCAUGCUGACAAACCGCAGCAGAGCCAUACGUGUCAGCUCUGCCUGGACACACUGCCGACUCUCUACAAUCUCAAUGAGCAUGUGCGCAAAGCUCACCGCUCCAGCGGAGGAACCGCAAGCCCGGCGGCUGCAGCUUUUCCCCUUCUGCAAUUUACGAAUGUGACAGCGUUCCAUUGUAACUACUGCCCUGACAUGUUUGGAGACAUUAACUCUUUGCAGGAACACAUUAGAGUGUCACACUGUCUGCCUGGGGCGAUUAUGGCAGGGUCCACCACAUUAGAGGGGAACCAUGCCUUCUUUUGCAACCAGUGCUCCAUGGGAUUCCUGACGGAGUCUUCGUUGACGGAACACAUUCAACAGACUCACUGUACCUCAGCGGUGGCGGGCGGGGCCGCCUGUGGGGGAGCCGUGGCCAAAUUGGAGUCUCCCGUGCUACAGUCCGCGUCCCAAUCGUUCAUGGAGGUUUACUCUUGCCCAUAUUGCACCAAUUCUCCAAUCUUUGGGUCACUCCUCAAGCUCACCAAGCACAUAAAGGAGAACCACAAGAACAUUCCCUUAGCGAACAACAAGAGACAGGCAAAGGUGGCUGACCUCAGCCCCACCUCCUCCGAUGUGGAGAUCUCCUCGCCGAAGCGCCACCGACUGGGAGGGGACUCCACGCCUUCCUUAGGGAGCAACGGCGACUAUCCAUGCAACCAGUGUGAUAUGCGAUUUUCCAGCUUUGAGGGAUUCCAAGCCCACCUGAAGUCCCAUUUGGAGAUGCUACUGAGGCGCCAGUCCUGCCCCCAGUGUAACAAAGAGGACUUUGAAUCCCAGGAGGCAUUACUGCAGCACCUGACUGUGCACUACAUGACCACAUCGACUCAGUACAUGUGUGAGAGCUGUGACAAGCAGUUCUCCUCGGUGGAUGAUCUGCAGAAGCACCUGUUGGACAUGCACACAUUUGUGCUGUACCACUGUACCCUCUGCCAGGAGGUCUUUGACUCCAAGGUCUCGAUACAGGUGCAUUUAGCUGUAAAACACAGCAACGAAAAGAAGCUGUUUCGCUGUACAGCCUGCGCUUGGGACUUCAGGAAGGAGACAGAACUUCAGCUCCAUGUUAAGCACAGCCAUGUGGGCCAGAGGUCAGGCCUCCCUGGAGGGCUCGGAGCAGGUCUCAAGCCCAGGAAGUGCAUCUUCUGUGGAGAGACGUUUGGAACGGAGGUGGAACUCCAGUGUCACAUCACCACUCACAGCAAGAAGUUCACAUGUCGCUUCUGCGGCAAAUCCUUCCACGCCAUCUCACUGUUAGAACGACACCUCAGGGAGAAACACUGUAUCUUUGACGGAGGCAGCGUCACCGGUAACGGAGGUGGCACGGAGAGCUGCAGCAGCCAGAACGGCACACCAAAUGGACUGACUCAGUCUGUCAAGAGAGGAGGAGGAAGCACAGGCGGUGGAAGUGCGGGUGCAGCGGAAAGAACCACGGUGGCACCUGCGGAACAAGCCGACCUUCCGAACAUGAUGCUGAAGAACAGUGUUGCCGGGGGAGGAGGAGAGACGGCCAACAACCACGAAGCCAGCGGGGGUGAGGAGGAGCUGGACAAUUCCGAGCCCAUGUAUGCCUGCGACAUUUGCGGAGCCGCCUACACCAUGGAGUCGCUUCUUCAGAACCAUCGGUUGCGGGAUCAUAACAUCCGACCGGGAGAGGAUGACGCUGGUUCUCGAAAGAAGAAGGCCGACUUCAUCAAGGGGAACCACAAGUGCAACAUCUGUUCCAGAACUUUCUUCUCCGAGACCGGGCUUCGCGAGCACGCCCAGACACACCGCGGCCCCGCCAAGCACUACAUGUGUCCAAUAUGUGGCGAGCGAUUCCCCUCUCUUUUAACCCUCACAGAACACAAGGUGACUCACAGUAAAAGCCUGGACACAGGAACCUGUCGAAUCUGUAAGAUGCCCCUGCACAGUGAGGAGGAGUUUAUCGAGCACUGCCAGAUGCACCCUGACCUCCGAAACUCCCUCACGGGCUUCCGCUGCGUGGUCUGCAUGCAGACUGUCACUUCCACCCUGGAGCUUAAGAUCCACGGCACUUUCCACAUGCAGAAGCUCUCCACCGGUUCUGGUCUUGGAGGGACCGGAGGGGGCUCUGGGAAUGGAGCAGGGAACGGUUCGUCCUCUUCUUCCCCCAACGGCCAGCUGCAGCAUCACAAGCUGUAUAAGUGCGCCUUCUGCCUAAAGGAGUUCAAGAACAAAGGAGAGCUGGUGAAGCUGGAUGUCAACGGCCUGCCUUAUGGACUUUGUGCCAGCUGCAUGAGCAGGGGAACUAAUGGCCAGAGCACCAACCAAGGAGGUGCUCUCACACCCGGGGAUACGCAAGGAGAGAAGCCUGUGUCUGGGCUGAGGUGUCCCGAGUGUGGGGUGAAGUUCGAAAGCCUGGAGGACUUGGAGAGUCACGUCCAGACUGAUCACCCCGAAGUCAGCCCUGAAACGAGUUCAGCGGGGAAGAAGGCGGAGGCUUCACCUGCACCUAAGAAAAAGACCUACCAGUGUAUUAAGUGCCAAAUGACAUUUGAGACGGAGCGAGAGAUCCAGAUUCAUGUUGCAAAUCACAUGAUUGAAGAGCCCACCUGUCGGCAAGAGGAGGGCAUCAAUCACGAGUGCAAGCUGUGUAACCAGAUGUUUGAUUCACCUGCCAAGCUGCUCUGCCACCUGAUAGAACACAGUUUUGAAGGCAUGGGAGGUACCUUCAAGUGUCCCGUCUGCUUCACAGUGUUUGUACAGGCCAACAAGCUGCAACAGCACAUCUUUGCAGUCCACGGUCAAGAGGACAAGAUAUACGACUGUUCGCAGUGUCCCCAGAAGUUCUUCUUUCAGACCGAACUGCAGAACCACACACUGAGUCAGCACGCGCAGUGAGACCGAGGCCCGGCAGGAUCUCUCGGCUCAGUCGGGGCCCCCGACCCGGAGCCGGCGGGGGAACUACAUCUCCACAUCACAGCCAAUCAAAGUGUCAUUUGCCACUCACAUGUAAAAGUGUAACGAUCGCACCACUGGGUGUGGCUAUUAGCGGCAGCGGGGGAAAGGAAUAUUAAUGGGAUAUGCUAUUAAAUAAAGAAAGGCAAGCAGGAUGAAGGAGAGGAGUGGCGUGAACAAGGUAUUGUACGUGCAGUAUUUUUAAUCAACCCUGCCAAAUUCUCUGAUACCAUGUAAUUAUUUUUUUCAGAGAGACAAAGAAAAGAAAGAAAAAAGGAAUCUUUUGUUUUCGAUCAUGUUCAUAGUUUCUCGAAAAUAAUUUUCUCUUCCUUCCGUUCGUAUACAAAUUCAUCUGUGUCUUCUUCCAGAUGCGUUUAGCAUUUCUUUAAUUUGUUUUCUGUCUUUGCGUUCUCGCCGUAAGUAGGUACUCGUGCCGUGUACUUGUGAUUGUCUGUUCUCCAGUUGUAAGUUCCCCCCCCCCCCCCGCCCCCAAAUCUUCUUUCUAUGAUUAUUGUUAUAUAUAUAUUUUCUUCUCUUUUUGUAAUUACUAUGAAAGAAAGACAAAGGAGCAAAUUAAAAUGCAGAAAACCAUGCAAAUGUUUCUUUUUUUCAGUCUCUACGGGGCCUCUAAUACAGGUUGAAAAAAAAUCAUUAAUUUCAGUGCAUCUGGUCAAUGACUGCUUUUUAAAUGUGAAUUAACCAGAUGGCAAUAAUAUAGCAGAGACAAAAAAAAACAAACAAACAAAUAAAUAAAUGACAAAUGAAGACA